AUGAGAUCGGUGUGGCUCAUGGGAAUAAGGGCGACAUUGAGAAAGCAAUUGAUGCUUUCAUUCGAUCAAUCCAGAUCUUCCAAGGGUUGGAAGACUACGAAGAUAUCAUGCUCGGGUGGCCCGAGCCAAACUUGGGAUUCCUUGGAUAAAGCUGAGACGGCUCUUGUGGAGAUUCUUGAUAUCCAUGCCGCCAAAUGGGGAGUGGAUGACACUCAUUCCUUCAAAACAGGGAAAAUUCUGUAUGGCUUGGGCAACGUACUAGAGUCGAAAGGCCAGUUCAGCGAGAGUCUCGAGUUUCACGUACGUUGUCUCCAGCAAUACAAAGCUGUCCUUGGUAUGAAGCACCACAGAGUUGGGGAUGUAUGCCAUAGACUCGCUGGGCACUAUAUGAGACUGGAACUAUAUGAGGAAGCCCGGGGAUAUAUCGACACUGCUUUGGAAAUAUUCCAAUCACGUUCGUACUUGAUCAACGAAUACGCCCGAACGGCCGUUGCUUGA